AUGAGCGAUAAACAUGGAGUGUCAAAACACGGGGUGUCGAAUAUCAGAGCCGGGGAAGAAUGGACGGUUUUUGUGGACAAUCUAAACAAACGGGUAUCGAGAGGAGCCUUCAUGGAGGUGUUUAACCAUUAUGGGAAGGUGACUUCAGUUUUCAUUUGGCGAUACAACAAAAAACCAAGGUACAAGAACAUCACCUAUGCCUUUGUUUGCUUUGCUACUCGGGGUGAUAUGGAUAUUGCUAUCAACAAGAUGAACAACGCUCGGAUUGAUGGUGGGAACAUUUCGGUCUCGAUUGCAAAGUUUCCUUCUCGGACUCCAGGUCAGCCCAAGAAGAAAAGGAGCUCAGAGAUGGCGAACAAGCCUGGGUCGAGCAAGUAA